CCGGCUCGAGGGCGGGCAGGGAAUAAAGGGCGGCUGCGAGGCGGGCGCGGGGCGCGGGGCGCGGGGCGCGGGCGGCGGGCGGCGAGCACCGGGCGGCGGAGCCCGGAUCUGCGAUCGGCGCCGAGUCAGCGCCCCGGCCGCGCGGGACCAGGCAUUGAGAACCCUGCUGGAUCAGAUACUAUCCAGCCUGACUAUCCUUCAGGUCCCAAGGACCAAGGUGCCAGAGUGUGUCCCCUACUUCUCCACACAUGGACAGCCUGCAAUGAGGACAGGAGCCAGCUGAGUGCAUGAGCUCUCACCUGGACACUCAGAAUUGACCAGAAGACAAUCUUUUUCCUUUCAUCAGAAUUUCUCACAGACUGUUCUGCCAUGACCACAGCGCGCUACAGGCCCACCUGGGACCUGGCCCUCGACCCACUGGUGUCCUGCAAGCUCUGCCUCGGGGAGUACCCUGUGGAGCAGAUGACCACCAUUGCCCAGUGCCAGUGCAUCUUCUGUACUCUGUGCCUGAAACAGUAUGUCGAGCUCUUGAUCAAAGAAGGAUUAGAGACUGCAAUUAGCUGCCCUGAUGCUGCUUGCCCCAAGCAGGGUCACCUGCAGGAGAAUGAGAUUGAGUGCAUGGUGGCGGCUGAAAUUAUGCAACGAUAUAAAAAGCUACAGUUUGAAAGAGAGGUGCUCCUGGACCCCUGUCGGACAUGGUGUCCUGCAUCUGCCUGCCAGGCUGUGUGCCAACUGCAGGAGCUCGGGCCACAGACCCCUCAGCUGGUGCAAUGCAAAGCCUGUGACAUGGAAUUCUGCUCCGCCUGCAAAGCCAGCUGGCACCCCGGCCAAGGCUGCUCAGAGACGAUGCCCAUCUCCUUCCUGCCAGGGGAGACCAGCUCUGCCUUCAAGCUGGAGGAGGAUGACGCGCCCAUCAAGCGCUGCCCCCAGUGCCGUGUCUACAUCGAGAGAGACGAGGGCUGCGCGCAGAUGAUGUGCAGGAGCUGCAAGCACGCCUUCUGCUGGUACUGCCUUGAAUCCCUAGAUGAUGAUUUCCUCUUGAUCCAUUAUGACAAAGGUCCCUGCCGGAACAAGCUGGGACAUUCCCGAGCAUCUGUGAUAUGGCAUCGGACACAGGUCGUGGGCAUUUUUGCUGGAUUUGGGCUCCUGCUCUUGGUGGCCUCACCGUUCCUGCUCCUGGCCACUCCCUUUGUCCUUUGCUGCAAGUGCAAGUGCAGUAAAGGCGAUGAUGACCCAUUACCCACCUAGGGUGAGGCAUGAUGCUGGAAGAAGACCCCUGCCUCUGGGAAGCGUGGCUCUCCCCCACCCACCCCACUGUCCCCUUCUCACUAAACAUCUUUCUUGCCUUAUGUGCCCCAUUGAGCUUCACAGUGUCACGCCGGAUGCCGUGAUUUCAGGGACUGACGUCAGAACAUUUGCCGAGGCCCCCGGUGCAGUCCCCCAGGCAUGGGGAAGGCAAGCUGGCGUGGGUAGGGCACUUUCCUAGACUCGGUCUCUGUACCCUUGACAAGGGAGGUGCUGUAAGAAGCACAGUGAACAGUUUUCUCCCAGUGACGAUAGACUAGGAGUGUCUGGGGGUUGCAUAAGGGACCUUCUCCCGCGAAAUGUCCUCCUUGCUCUCUGUGGCUUCAAGAUGGUACCAUGCUGCUGAGAGAAGUCUUUUAAGAAUUUCAACUCACUUCAGACUGAAUCCGAUUAUUCCCACUUGAGAAAAGCACUCUGUUUAUGACAACCGUUUUUUAUUACUAAUGGCAUUUAGUAAAAAAUCCUUUUUAGAUGGCAUUUUUCUUUUCUUUUUUCCAACCGAGUAGUGUAAGUCAACAAGGUGCAUCUAAACCAUCCUAUGCCUUUCUUGAAAUGUGCAUUUUAAGGAGUUAUUGCUAAACAACUUUUCUGGCUCAGCCACUUUUCAGGAGAUUUAGAAAGCCUUAUGCUCUCUUUGUGUUGGGUUUUAUUUUGUUCUUGAAACUUGUUGUAAUGACGUUUUGACCGCUGAAAGCUGUGUGCUGUUGAACAAUGUGGUUGCUCUAUGGUUGCGUUUCUUUGACUAUCCUGAUGUGUUUAAAGGAGCCUCUUCAUCACUAGACAUGCCUUUCUUUCAUUUUUCUCUUCAUUGUUGAUUCAGACAAGCUUGCAGGGUUUGCCCCUUCUCACCUAGGUUUCAGCACAUAUUACUUUAAU